CUGGAAAACGGCCGUGCCCAGCAGAGUGUACUCGAACGGCGACCUGCGUGCGAUUCUAGCCCGACAUAUUCCAUUGAGUUGAGAUCCUCAGCACAUCGCGUGUGUGUAAGUUGUCCUCGCGAGUGUUGCGCGUCAACGUCACCGAAGAUACGAAACGUUGCGAUGUCGGCCAAGACGAUAUUCUAUGCGUUUGCCGUCGUAGCACUGGCUGCGGUCUGGUCGGCCCAGGCUCUUCCGCUGACCGUCGACGAUGUCACAUCGCCAGCUAAUGCGAAGGAAAAUUUGGAAAUUGACACCUCGUCGGAGGAGGUAGUUCAGAAGCAGGAGUCUGAACAACAACAAAUGAAGGGAACGGACACUUCGGUUCUACAAACGGACGUGACCGAAUCAUCUCCGGAUGUGCAGCAGUCCAGUCAAGCGGAAGAAGUGACGGUUGGAUCAGAAAUUCCAGUGGUCGGAACCGACUCGGUCUUACCGGAAGUCUCAAACAAGAAGUCUGAAUCCGACGUUCCCACAACGGCCAUCUACGUUGAACAAACGGACAGCGUAGCCGGAACAAACUCGCCCAACUCCGACGCCAAACCUAACCCCUCUGUUCCCGUCCAAGGCCAAAAGCCCAAACCAUACUACACAGGCGAGGUGCAAACAGUGAAAGUAGGACCCAAUAUGCCGUUCUUUUUGGAAUUUUUCCAGCCUUUCCAGUCUUUCCAGCCUUUCCAGCCGUUCCAGCCUUUCAUGUCCAAACACCCGGAACAACCGUUUAGACACCAACCGAUACCGUUCGGCGCCCCCUUCGAUCCAUUCGCAAAUCCCAUGAACGCCCAACCUUUCAACCAGAUGGUUGAAGCGUACACCAACGAGUUCAGAACGCCCGGAAUCGUAAUAUUAAAACCGAAAAGAAACGUCCGAGUUAAUACAACUGCAAUGCCACCCAUUCCGUUGCUAAUGAACAUCAUGCUUAACGCUUUUCGGCAUCACGAGCCGUCAGGCAUGUUGGAAUCUUUCGACAAAAUGGGCUUGCCACCAUUGGAAAGUGUGGGUGUUGCGCAAGAAGGCUCAAACAAGCCCGUGAGGAAGACUACUUCCAAGACCGAGAUCAUUGACGGACACAGAGUACAAAUAAACGAAACCACGGUUAGCGACGGAGACGAAAAUCACAAGAGUUUCUACCAUUUUAAAGAGAUUCAAGUGCUGCCCGAAGAGAUGAACAAAAAAAUGUCAAACGAAAAACUGAUAUCAAUAUCCAACGACGAUUCAGAGACGCAAAAAGUGGAGACGAACGAAAUCAAACCCGUCCCGUCCGUUACAAUGCAGAAUUUCGACGACCGGAAGAACUUUGUAAAAAAGACACCCGCCGGUCCUCUAGACGAUCACUUCCAGACUGCCGCGGCCAGUUACUACGCUCCUUACGCUCCGCUGUACGGAUCGCGUCAACAACCGGCCGGCCUUUUGCAGCAGAAGCAGUACCACGGAUCAUAUCACACGCCGAACCAGGGCUUUUACCCGGCACCAAACCAAGGUUAUUAUCCGCCACCGAACCAAGGUUAUUACCCGGCACCGAACCAAGGUUAUUACCCGGUACCUAACCAAGGCUUUUACCCGGCACCGAACCAAGUGCCGUAUCCGCCCCAGAAUCACGGAUCUCGUCCGUCUCAACCGCCAAUCAGCUUGCACGGUGACACUUUGGUCAACGAGCUGGUCGCGGCCCAACAGCAAUCUUCGGGCGGUACAGUGUUACCGCCCGACGUGGAAUUUGUAGACGUGAAUGGCAAACCACAACCCAGUGGCCAGUAUCAUCAAUACAACAGCCACAACAGCCACAACAACAACAACAUCAUCAUCAACGACAAGGGUAAUCGUGGUCAUGAAAAGUUGGCCGGUCGUAAGUACUGACGGCGUCCAAUCGAAACCCUAACGAAUUAUGUAUACUAAUAGUUUAUGUAGUCAACAGUCGUCUCUGCGGCAGGUAAAUACCAGGCCAGCUGUAUCGAACCGUUUUAUUGCUAAUAUAUGAAAUAUUUUAAUCGGUACCUUUAUAUCAUAAGUGUAACAUAAUGUGUAUAGACGUCCGCGUCAAGUGUAUUCCGUAUCCGAAGUCAUUGUCAUUAUCCUGUCGUUUAAUAUCUAUUUAUUAAGAAUAUUGUUUUUGAUUUUUUGUAUAUAUAUAAAUAUAAUAUCCUUUAUUAUAAGUACUUACUUAAUAUAUUAUAAUGUUACUGUUUUUACGUGUCCACCUGCUAAAGAGACUACUCUCCGUCGAGCGUCGUUGAGGUCGCUCCUCUCUCUCUCUCUCUCUCUCUCUCUCUCUCAUUUAUAAUAUCUGUGUACUGGCGGCUUAUUAUUCCAACGCAUAAAUAAUAUUUAAUAAAUAAUCGCAUCGCCCUUGCCCUCGCAAUACUCACAUUUAAUUCAUGAAUACAUUAUUUUCACG